AUGGCAGCACCAGUGACCGACAACGCCUACAAGAAAGGGAUGCCACGCUCACGAGCACGCCAGGCUUGUAUGAGAUGCCGACGACAGAAAUUGAGGUGUGAUAACGUACGACCAUGCACUCUGUGCGUCCGUUCAUCUGUAACAUGCCAGGACGUCGUUCACCCUAAGAGGAAGCGAGCGGCCAUUCCGAGCCUACAGUCGUCAAAGACAUCGACCAGGACUAGCCAGGCCGAGCACACUCAGUCAAAACGGAUAGAUGAUACCCCGUCAACAACCAGUAACAUUUCCCCUUCCGAUGCAGAUUUCCCACCAAGCAGGUUGCAAGUGGAAACAUGCCAGCACAGUCGAACACCGAAUCUCAAUUGUGAAAGAUCUUCCACCUAUGGUCUAGCUGAUCAAGUACGUUGCCGCUUCGUUUCUUACUUGUCACCAUGUCUCAGCACUUUACAUGCUCAUUGCGAUCAAAAGCUUUUCCAAGCCUACGAUUCAGCCUCCGGGGCGCUCAGCGAAGCCGACGCCAUUCCCGAUGGCAGUCUCGAACAACAUUCAUCUCUGCUCAGAGACGACAGACUCGUACCGGUUUCCGAAUUGAUCGGCUUCGACUUGCCAUCACCGAAAGUCACUUGGAUGCUAUUCGAUGUUUUCGUCAAUUCGGUCCAUUGGUUCAUGAUGCUCUUCCAUGAGCCAUCAUUAAGAGCCGACUUGGGAGAGAUGUUGAGAACGGGUCGUGCUCAUCAUCGUCAAAAAUCUCAAAUAUACCUGGUCUUGGUAACACUUGUCAUUGGCGCAAGAUAUGCCAUCAAUGAUGAUGCUCCGAGUCAUUCUCCAGAGAUCGAGUUAUCAAAACUAGAAACCUAUCUCUUGAAAAGGAUUGAAGAGAAUAUCCUGGAGUUGAUCGAUCAAAAUGACCUCGAAUCGGUGCAGACUUGCGUCUUGUUGGGCUCGCUCUACAUCUAUCACCGUCGGCCGAAGCGAUGUUUCAUCAUCAAUGGGGCUGUCAUGAGAGGCGCUCAAGCAUUGAGUCUCCAUAAAGAAUCUGCCUGGCCUGCAAUGAGUAUCGUGGAAAGGGAAGUGCGAAGACGCGUUUGGUGGGCGUUAUAUGUGUGCGACGGGUUUGGAGCGAUCAACUUUGGAACUCCGUGUACUAUCCAAGACGGGGACUUCCAGGUCAAGAUGCCGCAGAAUAUAGACGACACAUCCGAUACAUGCCCUGGAUUCAACUCGGUCGAACUUCUUGAGGAUGGAAGUUACGAGCGGGUCACCACGCUCACAUAUCAGCGUCUGAAGUUCAAGCUCUACCGCAUUACAUCCCACAUCACUCGCGAUAUCUAUUUCCACGGAGGACGAUCGACACCCGGGAUUGUCAAGAGGGUUCAAGAGAUCCAUUCAUCUUUGCUGGGUUGGGAACAGAUGAUUCCCCCUGAGUUAAGACCGAGCUCAUUUGCGGAUCGGCGCAAUGAGCUUGUGGACCCCAUCACUAAGAUAUUCCGUCUACAAGCGCUCUCAUUACAGUUGUCGUAUGACAACAUUCAACUUAUCUUGCAUCGGCCACUCCUUGUCUAUAAGGGAAUGAUACAUUCUCCUCAUUUUCCAAAGCAAACAUCACCAGAAUUGCGUCCAAGACACCAGGAAACGGAAGACUCACACCUUUUCGAUCAGGAAACGGCCAUUUUAGAAGACAGUAAAACUCAAUGCUGGAAAUCGGCCACCAGAACAUCUCGAAUUGAUGAAUACCCCGAAAUACUCACACAAAUGCGGAACACCCAUACGGCUGGCUACAUUGGGAUUCAAGCAUUGACCGCCGGGGUGAUGCUUGUCAUCUUCUCACUCUCCCAGCCUUUCUCUGCUCGCGCACAAGAAGCGAAGCGUGGUAUUGGCAGAUUGAUCAGAGUGCCUAAGCACCUUGGCUACCGCACGGCGAUAUCCGAUCAGACUGGCCACAUUUUGGAGAAGUUGCUGCGAUUGAUUUUCGCACAGGAAAUGAAGAUGCUUACGGCUGACGACGAGCCUGAGCAUCAGCCUCGGAGAUUAGAUGAAACUCGCCCUGCCUCAUCUCUGUCGGUCUGCCGUCAAAGUACUUCAAGACCGAGUCGACAAGUGGACGAGCAAAAUACUACCGGCAUUACCAAUGCAGGAAAUCCCGAGGUAACACAACAUGGGACCUACGGCAAUGACGAUGGUCUGGCCCUAGACAACCGUCAUAUACUGGAUGUGCAGCCACUUAUUGAGGGCAACUUCAAUGAAGCUCUGCAAUCUUUGCAACAAGCCUUCAGCGACAAUAGAAUCGGCAACGACCGGCCACGGACUCUUGCAGCACAACAUAAAUCGAAUAAUCCACCUAAUCUCCAGAGCCAGAAUAGCACUGGGUCGGCGCCCAUGUUUUAUUCGCCGACAACUGACAUACCCGCGGGCUGCAAUAUUUUCGGAAGCCUCGAAGAUACGAGCCAGGGUUGGAUAUGGGAUGACUCAUUUCAAUUCACCUGA